UCCUUCAGUCAAGAUGGCAGCCUCCAGUUUGUAGAAUCACAUGUGUGUGUGUAUGUAGUACCUAUUUGGCAAAUUGGGUUUAGGUGGUGGCCUGUGUAAUAUACUGCUUCAACCCACCAAAGCGUAGCUUGUUUUCCCGAAUCCCAAAAGAGAUGAAGACCAAAUCGUCUUCUCACAAGUCUGAGAACACGCACCGGUUUCUCACCUUUUCAGAACGAUUAAACAAUGUAAAUAUUGACAUUAUUCAUCGCAUUGACAGAACAGGCAGCUAUGCUGAGGAGGUUGAAACAUAUUUUCAUGAAGGACUGGAAAAAUGGAGAGAGCUGAAUCUUACUCGAAACUUUGUGACAUUCUAUAGACAGGUAGUUAACAAAUGCCAGUCCUUCAACCAGCUAGUGUAUUAUCAGAAUGACAUUGUACAGAACUUGAAAACCCACCUGCAAGUGAAAAACAGUCUUGCUUUUCAACCCCUUUUGGACUUGGUGGUACAGUUGGCUCGUGAUCUCCAGACAGAUUUCUAUCCUCAUUUUCAAGACUUUUUUUUGACCAUUACAAGAUUGCUGGAUACCCAAGACACAGAACUACUAGAAUGGGCUUUCACCUCUCUUUCUUAUCUUUACAAAUACUUGUGGAGGCUGAUGGUAAAAGACAUGUCCAAUAUUUAUGGAUUGUACAGCACCUUGUUGGCCCACCACAAAGAGCACAUCAGGAACUUUGCAGCAGAAAGCUUCACCUUCCUCAUGAGGAAGGUUUCUGAUCAAAAUGGUCUUUUAAAUAUAAUGUUCCUUGACCUGGGAGAGCAUCCAGAAAAAGUGGAAGGUGUUGGUCAAUUAAUUUUUGAAAUGUGCAAAGGCGUUAGGAACAUGUUCCAUUCCUGUGCAGAAAAGGUUAUAAUGCUAAUUCUGAAAAAGAUGGGACCAGUUACGGAAACAGAAGUGACCCUUUCUUGGAUCUCUGUUGGAGAAGCUUUCAAACACAUGGCACAGUCAGCUGUUAGAGCCAUAAGCAAGGAUCACUUUGAUGUCUUUUUCAGAUGUUUGCAAGAAUCAAUACUCAAGCUACAAGGAAAGGUAACCAAGGAUAACUGCUGUGAAGCUUCUGAGCAAAUUGAAAGGGUGUUGCAAGUGUAUUUGACCAUUGCAGAGUAUGCACGUGGCUCCAAAAUUGUACAGGCUGAAGAAGUUUGCAAGACAUUAACAAAAAUGAUAGAAACACCUCUUCUCUCUGUGGCCUGUUGUGAUACCCUGCUCAAAGUUAUUUGUGUUUUGCUUCUUGAUGAAAAUGUCAUAUUGCCUGAUUCUUUGGCCAAAGAAACAGUUGAAAAGGUCUUCAAAGGCAGAUUUGAAAGACGUUCUAUUUUGGAUUUUUCUAAAUCUAUGUUCCUGUUGAAUCAGUUUGAAAGGCAAUUUCUUCCCAGUCUCCUUGAGUACGUUCAGCACUGCAUCUGUGGGGACGAUGCUGUAGCGCAGGAGGAAGCUUUGGCACUUUUGGCUAAACUCAUCCUAGAGAAAGCAGAACCUCCUUCCAUUGGCUCAAUGGCAUUUGAGAAGUAUCCUCUGGUUUUUACAGAGAUGGCAAAAGGUAGAAGACAGCUGAGAAGUAAGAAGACUGAAGAAAAAGAACAAAGUACUGUGUUGGAUUACAUUUUGUCUUGUAUUCAGUUAUCAGAAAGUGGAACCAUGACUGAUAUUUCACGACCUUGGGCAGCUCUUGUAGUACUUCCUCAUAUUAGACCACUUAUGAAAGAAGAAAUCAUACCAGCAGUCAGAAGUCUUGCUGACUAUCUCUUCACUACUCUAGACAAAGGACAGCUAUGCAAAGGAAAUUUGUUUGUGGCCUGCCAAGCUGUGAGCACACUGCUUAAUUUAGCAGAAUCUUUGGAAAUUCUGGAUCUGUUACCAGUGGAGCGUGUUAAGAAUCUGUUGAUGGCAUUUCCAUCAGAGCCAUCUGCAUUGCUAUUGACUGAUCUCUAUUGUACAAGAUUAGCAUUAUGUGGUUACUGUGAGCACCUGUCCAAAGAGAACCUGAUGGAAUUAUUUUCUAAGUUGCAAACCAAUAUUUCAACUGGUGUAUCCAAGGUACGGCUGCUGACAAUAAGGAUUUUAAAUCAUUUCAAUGACCUGCUUCCUGUGGGAACUGAGGAUGUGGGCACUGGGGAGUUGCAGUCUGUAUUUGCCAUAUUGCUUCAAGCUGAACUUGUGCCGGCAAGUGUCAAUGAUUAUCGUGAGAAACUGCGCCACUUAAGGAAGCUGAGGCAUGACACCGUGCAGUGCCUGAUCCCCGAGGGCCCUUUACGGGAGGUGCCUCUUCGGUAUUUACUGGGAAUGCUGUAUAUCAACUUCAGCCCAUUAUGGGUUCCUGUGACUGAGCUCAUAUCCUCUCACGCAAAUGAAAUGGAGAACAAGCAGUUCUGGAAAGUCUACUAUGAGCAUUUGGAAAAAGCCAUGUCUUAUGCUGAAAGAGAGUUACAUAAUGAGCUGGAAGAAGAGCAGGUGGCCAUUUUGGAUAUUGAAACAGAGAAAGUAUGUGAAGGAGAAGUCAGAACUUUGUAUUUUGAACAGCUGAAAUGUCAGACAUGCUGCAGCGAGAGGAUGGAUCAUGCAAAUUUUAGACUUCUGCUUUGGAAGGCAAUGUCAAAAUUUCCAGACAGAGUGGAGCCCAGAUCAAGAGAACUUUCUCCACUUCUCUUAAGGUUUAUUAACAAUGAAUAUUAUCCUGCAGAUUCACUGGUAGCUCCAGCACAAAACCUUAGAAAAAAAAGCAGUGGUUGUGGUGUCCGAGAAAAUCCCCCUGAGGAAAUAAAUCUGCCUGCCAUGAAGGAUGAUGAGAAAGAGGACAGUGAGGGAGAAGAGGCAAUGACUGAAGAGACACCAAAGAAGAAAACAAGAAGAGCUGCAGCAAAACAGCUUAUUGCCCACUUGGAAGUAUUCUCUCGGUUUUCAAAUCCACGUGCAUUGUAUCUAGAACCAAAGCUAAAUGAACUAUACACACAGCUGCUGACCCAUCAAGACCAGAAUGUGCAAAAAGUAGCUCUUGACUGCAUCAUGACUUAUAAACAGCCAUAUCUACUGCCAUACAGAGAGAAUUUACAACGACUACUGGAAGACAAGAGCUUUAAAGAAGAAAUCGUUCAUUUCAGCAUUUCUGAAGAAAGCACAAUCGUUAAGGCAUUGCACCGAUCAGGACUAGUUCCUGUUUUAAUGAGGAUUCUCUAUGGACGGAUGAGAAACAAAACUGGAAACAAAACGCAGGGAAAGUCUGCAGCAGGGACCCGCAUGGCUAUUGUUUUGAGAUUCUUAGCUGGUUCACUGCCAGAAGAACUGAGAAUGUUCCUGGAUCUCCUUUUUGAACCUGUGAAACACUUCAGUAAUGGACAUUGCCACUCUGCAGUGCUCCAAGCAAUGGAAGAACUGGACUUAUCCCGAGUCCUGCCUCUAGGCCGCCAGCAUAGUCUCUUCAACAGCCUGGAAGUAGUAUUGAAAAACCUGGGACAUCUGAUCAGUCAGUACCUGCCUGAGAUUUUUCAGAUUUUACUUUGCAUGACAGCAACUGUAUCCUGCAUUCUUCAGAAAAGAGAAAAGAUUCAAGUCAAAUUGAUUAACCCACUAAAAAACUUGAGGCGACUUGGACUAAAACUUGCAGCAAAUUUUUUCUCUGACUUUGAAACAUACAACUUCACUGUGGAAGAGACUGAAGCAGUUUUUCACGCAGUAGUGUGGCCCCAGAUUACCAGGCUAGCCUCUGAGAGCCAAUAUUCUCCUACUAUUUUACUGAAAAUAAUUCACAUCUGGAGCAAAACUCCCAGGUAUUUCCCUUUGCUGGCCAAACAGAAGCCAGGACAUCCAGAAUAUGAUAUAUUAUCCAAUGUAUUUGCUCUGCUCUCCACCAAAAACCUAUGUGAGGCAACAGCUGAUGUUGUGAUGGAUGUGGUUGACAGCCUCCUCAACACCCCUGACUUUGAGCCCACAGACCAGCUUAGCAGCUUGACAGUGACCGACUGUAUUUUUGCAGAAGUCGAUGAAGUGACAGGAGAUGACCCCAGCAUAGGUGUAAGGCUAGUUCUGCCUCAUGUUCCUGCAAUUCUUCAAUACCUGAGCAAAACAACAUUCAAUGUUGACAAGAUGAAGAAGAAAAAGUACAGAGUUCAAGUCAGCAAAGAACUCAACAUUCUGUCAAAGAUCAGCAAGUUUAUAAAGGACAAGAGUCAGAGUUCAAUCUUGAUUGGUCUUCUCCUCCCAUUCCUCCACCAGAGUACCAUUAUACAGGAUACAGAAAUUGAUAUCCUGGAAACAGUGAAAAAUCUACUGAAGCACUGCUUGAAUCCAGCAAGCUUCCUCAAUCCCCUGGCAAAACUGUUUUCUGUUAUUCAGAACAAAUUGUCUCGUCAGACACUCUGCACUGUUUUUGAGACACUAUCGGAAUUGGAAAGUAAUUUAAAAUACAUUACAGAUACAGUUAAGCUGAAUGCUUUUGAUUCACGGCAUCUUGAUGAUAUCGAUUAUGACGUCCGGUUGUCAGCAUUCCAGACCAUCACUUCUCAUAUCAAGGAGAUGAAAACAGCGGAUGUCAGCUACCUCAUUCCAGUUAUGCAUAACUGUUUCUACACCAUACAGUUAGGGCAGAUGUCUCUAAGCGACAGUGCAGUCCUCUGCCUAAAUGCUAUUAUUAGUCUGUUUGCUGAAAUUGAUCACACAGAAGAUGAAUACAAGGAAAUAAUACAGCACACACUUCUGGAGGCUUUAAGAAAAGGACUGAAGAGCAAGACAGAGUGCAUCCAGCAGGAUUAUACUUCCUUACUCUCCUGCUUGAUUCGAACAUUUUCCAAACACUCAGAGUUUCAGGACUUGGUCCAGCUAACUGACUACCAUGAUCCAGAGAUGGACUUCUUUGAAAAUAUGAAGCAUAUUCAGAUUCACAGAAGGGCACGGGCCUUGAAGAAACUGGCUAAGCAGCUUGCUGAAGGCAAAGUUGAAUUGUCUUCCAGAUCUCUUCAGAACUACAUUAUGCCUUAUGCAACUACUACUAUAUUUGAUGAGAAAAUGCUUAAGCAUGAAAACAUGAUAACUGCUUCGGUUGAAAUGGUAGGAGCAGUUUGCAAGCAUCUUUCUUGGUCAGCGUACCUCUAUCAUUUGAAGCAUUUCAUACACGUCUUGCAGACUGGACAGAUCGAUCAAAAACUGGGUGUCAGCCUUCUAGUUACGGUGCUGGAGGCUUUUCAUUUUGACUAUGAAACUCUUGAAAAGCAGCUUGAGAUUAUUCAGAAGGAAGCUGAUGCAGAAGCCAUGGAUACUGAGCUUGAUGUGGAGAGUGAAGCUAUGGAGUUGGAACUUAGUGAUGGUGAAGAAAGCCAAGAAAAUGGCAGGAAUUUUCCUGAAGAUGGCAACACACAAGAGGCACCAACUGUAGCUCUACCUGAUCAGAUUGCUAAUCAAGAAGCUGAGAACCCCCAGAAUGCUACAAAACCAAUUUCCUUUCUGCCCAGGAAUAAGGACGAAUUGGAAUGUCUGAUUAAGCAUAUUCAGGGAACAGUAACGAGCAAUAUCUUGCCAAAAUUGCACAGAUGUCUCAUUGCAAAGGUAAAACGAGAUGAAGAGCACAAACUGGUGAAAUCCAAGAUUGUGAAUGCUGAAGAGGUGGUCCGGGUGCCGCUCGCUUUUGCAAUGGUCAGGCUGAUGCAAACUCUCCCACAAAAUGUCAUGGAGGAGAAUUUGCCAAGCAUUCUCCUGAAAAUCUGCUCUCUCCUGAGGAACAGAGCACAGGAAAUCCGGGACAUUGCGCGAAACACCCUCAUGAAAAUAAUGGAGGCUUUGGGGGCACAGUACCUAGAAUAUGUCUUAAAAGAGAUGCAGACAACCCUUGUCCAUGGUUACCAGGUGCACGUGUUGACUUUCACUGUCCAUCUUUUGCUGAAGAGCCUUGCUGGUAACCGGCUUCAAGUUGGGGAUUUGGAUCCCUGUAUUGAACUGAUGACUCAGAUUUUCAACCAUGAGCUAUUUGGAGAAAUUGCUGAGGAGAAGGAAGUGAAAGGCAUCGUGUCCAAAGUCAUGGAGGCCCGCCGAAGCAAGAGUUUUGAUUCUUACGAAAUCCUUGCUAAAUAUGUAGGGAAGGACCAAGUGACUAAGCUGAUUCUUCCUUUAAAAGAGAUUUUAGAGAAUACCACAAGCCUGAAGUUGUCUCGGAAGGUGCAUGAAACUUUACGCCGCAUUGUGUCUGGAUUGAUAAUGAAUAUAGCAAUGACUGCAGAAUCUAUUCUUCUGCUCAGCCAUGGCUUGAUUAGUGAAAAUCUGCCAUUGCUAACAGAGAAAGCAAAAGCUAAAGCUCCAGUGCCUCCAGAUCCUCGUUUGCAGCCAGCAAGCUGCCUCUUACUUCCACCUACCCCAGUGCGAGGAGGGCCAAAAGCCCCUGUGAGCAGCAAGACAAACAUACACAUCUUGGUUGAGUCAGGACUGCGGCUACUGCACAUGAGCUUGAAGAGGUCCAAAGUGAAUUCUUCAGAGGAGCGUGUUUUAGAAAUGUUGGAUCCUUUUGUACAUCUGCUUAUCAACUGCCUUCAAUCCACAGAUGUUAAGGUGAUCACUGGUGCUCUUCAGUCCCUUCUUUGGGUUUUAAAGUUUCCACUGCCUGCAGUAGAUAAUAAUAUGGAACAGCUAACCAAGCAGCUUUUCCUUCUGCUGAAAGACUUUGCUAAGCCAGGAGCUGCUAAAGGCCAGAAUUUCCAUUUGGUCACUAAUUGUUUCAAAUGUGUAACUCUGCUUGUGAGGAAUGCAAAGAGUCAUGUAACAGACAAGCAGUUGCAAGUCUUGCUUGGAUAUGCUGAAGAAGACAUCUACGAUUCGCUGCGACAAGCCACAGCCUUUGGCCUCUUAAAGGCUAUUUUAUCCAGAAAGCUGAUCGUCCCAGAAAUUGAUGGUGUCAUGCAGAAGGUUGCAAACUUUGCCAUCACAGGCCAAAGUGAGCAGGUUCGAAUUCAGUGCAGACAGAUUUACCUGAAAUAUAUACUUGAUUAUCCCCUUGGUAAAAAGUUGAAAAUGAACCUUGAGUACAUCUUUGCCCAGCUCAGUUACGAAUAUGAGACAGGGAGAGAGUCUGCUUUGGAAAUGAUUGCGUCCCUCUUUGAGAUGUUCCCUCAGGGUUUAUUGCAUGAGUUUUGUGGGAUGUUCUUUGUUCCACUCUGUAUGAUGAUGGUAAAUGAUGACUCCACAAAAUGCAAGAAGAUGGCAGCCCUGGCCAUCAGAAGCCUCCUCAGUAAGAUUGAUGCUGCGAAUCGAGACCUGAUGUUUUUGCUGCUUACCUCUUGGUUCAAGAGUGAAAAGAGUGUGCACAAGAGGUUAGCUGCUCAUGCCUGUGGUGCCUUUGUUGAAGCUGAGAAGGUCGAGUUUGAAAAAAGACUUGGAGCUGUUCUUCCAGUGAUCGAGAGAGAGUUGCGUCCUUCAAAUUUUGAAGAAGUUAUGGAAGAGGCUGAAGAAAAGGCUGCAGACAGAUUGCUGUUCAGCUUCCUUACUUUGCUCAGUAAACUAAUCAAGGAAUGCAACAUUGUUGAGUUAAACCAACACAAUGAGAUUCUAAGAGACAUUUGGGGUCACGUCCAGUCCCAUUUAUGGUAUCCUCACAGUUGGGUGUGGUUGACUUCUGCUCAGAUUUUCGGCUUGUUGUUUGCUUCUCACAAGCCAGAAGAACUUGUUAAAAAAUGGAGUAAAAGGAAGCUGGAGAAGAGCCAAGAAAUGACUAUAGAGCCAUCAGCAACCACCUUCUUAACAGUGGAACUAGACAAAAAGAUGAAAAAGCUUGCUUUAGCUUUCUGCCAUCAGCUAAAGUCCAAAUUUUUGGAUCCAGCCCUUGGAGAGCAGGUGGUAAAGAAUUUACUAUUUAUAGCCAAAGUACUGUACCUUCUGGCUCCUGCACUGGAAGAUGGAAAAGAAAUUAGUGAGGAACAGGGGCAGGAACUUGAAGAUCAGAAUGACUCAGGAGGUGAAGAUGAGAUUGAGACUGCCAAUGUGGAGGCGAAAGGAGCAAGUGAGAAAAAUGGUCCAGCCACUUUGAUGUGGGUGAUGAAAAAACUCUCUAUAAUGGCAACACGAGAAGCUUCAUAUUCACCCAAAGACCCUUUAAAGAGAACCUGCGUCUUUAAAUUCCUUGGUGCCAUUGCAGUAGAUCUUGGGAAGGACAGAAUAAAACCAUACCUUCCAACCAUUAUAGCCCCUCUGUACAGAGAACUCAGCAGCACUUAUGCAGAACAAGAUCCAACUCUAAAGAAUCUUUCCCAGGAAAUUAUUGAGCUGCUGAAGAAACUUGUCGGGCUGGAGACUUUCUCAGUUGCAUUUGCUUCUGUGCAAAAACAAGCCAGUCAGAAAAGAGCUAUCAGGAAGAAAAAGAGAGCUCUGCAGGCUGUUGCUAAUCCUGACAUUGCUGCCAAGAAGAAGUUAAAAAGGCACAAGAAUAAAAUUGAAGCAAAGAAGAGAAAAAUAGAAUUCCUAAGGCCUGGUUACAAAGCCAAGAAACCAAGAAGCCAUGCACUGAAAGACUUGGCAAUGGUGGAAUGAAACAAGAAGACGAGACUUGUGACAAAUAGGUGUGUUCCAUUCAUGGCUGCUACCUGCAGAGAGCAUGAGGCAGAAAAUGUCUCGAGUGCUCAGAGAGAGUAAGAACUACAGUUCUGUGGGACAUUUUACAAGAUUCAAUUUUGGAGAUACUUCAGCUGAAUAUCUGCUAUGUAGGACAAUAUCUGCACACAAGAGAUCCUGGCUUUUUAAGCUUCAGAGAGGUUGCAGUAAGUAUAGACCUCUUGCAAAAAGGCAUCGGUAUGGAUUACUAAAAAUUUGUAAUUUUAAUGUAUACAGAUUCUGUUUGACUGAUUGAAAAGUGAGAAGGUUCUUGUAACUCAGACUCCUUUCAAGGGUCCAGAGUUCAUUGUAUAUUGGAUGUACAGAUUGUGACAAUGCCGUGUUUUCUCAUUAAAUUGCCCAAUGUGCAACCAGUUCUUCAGCUA